CGGCGUUAUUAGAGAGAGUUGGUGAAGAUGGCGCCUGUUGUGACAGGGAAGUUUGGGGAGCUCCCUCAGCCAAAGCGUUUAACAAGAGAGGCGAUGCGCAAUUACUUGAAGGAGAGAGGAGAUCAGACAGUGCUCAUACUGCAUGCAAAGGUCGCACAGAAAUCGUAUGGCAAUGAAAAAAGAUUCUUCUGUCCUCCACCCUGUGUGUACCUGAUGGGUUGUGGUUGGAAGAAGAAGAAGGAGCAGAUGGAGAGAGAAGGCUGUUCGGAGCAAGAGUCUCAACCUUGUGCCUUUAUCGGCAUUGGAAACAGUGAACAAGAAAUGCAGCAGCUCAACUUGGAGGGCAAGAAUUUUUGCACAGCAAAAACAUUAUACAUUUCCGACUCUGACAAACGGAAGCACUUCAUGCUGUCGGUGAAAAUGUUCUACGGUAAUAGCGCAGAUAUCGGCGUCUUCCUCAGCAAGCGAAUCAAGGUCAUCUCAAAACCUUCCAAAAAGAAACAGUCGCUGAAGAAUGCAGACCUGUGCAUAGCUUCUGGGACAAAAGUGGCUCUUUUUAACCGCUUGCGGUCUCAGACUGUCAGUACACGGUACCUUCAUGUGGAAGGGGGAAACUUCCAUGCAAGUUCACAACAGUGGGGAGCCUUCUAUAUUCAUCUGUUGGAUGAUGAUGAGUCAGAGGGAGAGGAGUUUACAGUCAGAGACGGUUACAUCCAUUAUGGUCAGACGGUGAAGCUGGUGUGCUCUGUGACGGGCAUGGCUCUACCCCGACUGAUCAUUCGUAAAGUGGACAAGCAGACAGCGCUAAUGGACGCCGACGAUCCUGUGUCCCAACUACAUAAAUGUGCCUUCUACCUUAAAGAUACAGAGAGGAUGUACCUCUGCCUGUCACAGGAGAGGAUAAUUCAGUUCCAGGCCACACCCUGUCCCAAAGAAACGAACAAAGAAAUGAUCAACGAUGGUGCAUCAUGGACAAUCAUCAGCACAGACAAAGCAGAGUACACUUUCUAUGAGGGGAUGGGCCCUGUACCCUCACCUGUCACACCAGUGCCUGUUGUCGAGAGUUUACAGCUGAAUGGAGGAGGAGAUGUUGCCAUGCUUGAACUGACAGGACAGAAUUUUACGCCCAACCUCAGAGUUUGGUUUGGAGAUGUGGAGGCAGAUACUAUGUACAGAUGUGGCGAAAGUGUGCUCUGUGUGGUUCCUGACAUCUCUGCGUUCCGUGAGGGAUGGCGUUGGGUUCGGCAGCCAGUGCAGGUUCCUGUGACUUUGGUCCGUAACGACGGCAUCAUCUACUCCACGGCUUUGACUUUUACCUACACGCCAGAGCCAGGACCUCGGCCUCACUGCAGCGCCGCAGGAGCCAUACUGCGGGCCAACAGCAACUCCUCCACAUCACCAUCUUCAUCUUCCUCAGCCUCCAGCCUAUUGCUGCAGUCAGCCGUCGACAGCCAGGCAGGAUACGGCGCAUCAGGAGGAGUAUCUACAUCUUCCUCCUCUGCCAUGUCCGUCUCCUAACCUGGGAAUCGUAGUUUGCGUGUUUAAGUGAGAGAUGGUGAUUCGUCAGCUCGUAGACUCUCCUGCAUAGAUACAUGGGAUACGGAUGACAAAAACGGAUAAUGGUGCCACAGAGAGAGUGAAGCAAAAGAGAGACAAGACUUCGCUCGAUAACUGGACCGAACAAAUGAAGAUGGAUGUCUCUUCUCUCUCUCUCUCUCUCUGUCUCUCUUUGUUGUGGUUCUUUUUCAGUCUGUUUCCUCACAUCGGAGGAAGUGGUAAUGUGUGCCGUGGAUCAAGAUACCACAGGAUCAAUGCAUUAGCCUUACACGAGUGAAAAAAGUCAAUCAAAAAAAAAAAGAAGAAACACUUUUUUUUCUUGUCAAACGAAGCCUUUUCUAAGAAUGCGCAGGAUGGAUUUGGCUUUGAGAGAUUGUUGUUUUCUACUAAAGGGCUUAAUGCACUGUUUCACCAGGCUUGGAAGAAAAGUUAUCAUAGUAAUAUAGUUUUUACGGACCAAGGAAUAUUAUUAUUAUUAUUAUUAUUUUUAUUGAUAUAUAAUUUUAUAAGCUUUAGCUAAGGUACAUUUUUUUCACCUUUUUCAGUUUUAUAACAUAUAGUAAACUUUUGUUACCAAAUAGUUUUGUAUGUUUCUUGUGAGCGUUUGAGCUCAGAAGGAAAAGGUUCAUGCAUUUUAAAAGCCUGAACUCCUAGCUGCCUUUUACUCGUUUUGGCAAAUGCCUUAAGUCUUCUGGAGUUUCACCAGACCCUUUUCUCUUGUGUAAUAAUAAUUUUAUGUCAUGUAAAUUGGUCUUUUUACCCCCUUUUUUUAUUGGUUUCUCGUUUUCACUAAACCGGUGUAAUACUGAUGGCGUUUUUGUGUAUCUGGGAGAAGGUGGCUCUUCUGCUUCGUAAACUUUUCUCAUGUGAAGUUUUUAAUAAGAAAGCUUUAACUGACUUGGCCAUGUUAAACUCAUCAAAUACUAGUAGCUAUUGAUCCGACCCUUUUCAUUGGCUAUUUAAGCUGCUGAUAUAAAAGUAACUUGUCAAAAGUCCCACAGAAAAAAGGCGUACAUUUAAUUGAACAAACGCACGGAAUCAAUUUAGCUUUUUUGAAUGGGUCAGAGAUUUCUAAUUAAUCGGGUCAGAACAGGUCAUAUUUACAUAUUAUUCAUAGUGUCUCUACUAAAACCAGCAGAGAAAUUGCAGCUUUUUUUCGUUCAGCCGUAGCCUUGAGUGUUUUUAAAUAAAAAGGUUAAUUUGCCUCAGGGUGUUUUCAACUGAUAUUAAGAUGCGCUAUCCACUUAAGUCAUGUCCAAGCCGCUACUCAUUUGAAUUGAGAAAAUACUCCUUUAUGAUCGUCAUGGUGUACGUCACAGACAUCAAUAUUUUAACAACGUAUAAAUAAUUGAUCAUUUUCAGGCUGUCGAAUAUUAGGCAUGUAUAUAUGUAUUGCGAUUGUGACUUUUGAAAGUAUUACAUCGCUUUGUAAACAUUAAUUAUUGCCAUUAGAUGAGCCUCCCCAAACAGUUUGAUUUAGCGCUUGGACCUGGAAGCCACUUUGCGUGACACUUUACAAAUGAAUCCGAUCACAAAUGAACAACGCUAAAUAAAUGUGGUUACAGGGUCCGAAAUGUUUUCAGCUUGUCCCCUUUUGACCGGUCGCAGAGGUAGUUGAAAACAUUCGAUUAUAGUGUAAACUCAUGUGGUCGAAUAUGUAGCGUUAUGUGAUCAUGUAUUGUGAAUAUACAUCAAAACAAGGUAUUCCUGCUUAGCUGUACUGUACGAAAACACAUGGAUUACUAUCAAAUAGGGCUGUGCGAUUUGGGGAAAAUGUCUAAUUGCGAUUUCAGAUAUUGCGAUUUCGAUUUAAUUUUAUAGCCAAGCUUCAGCUUAACAAUCUGUAUUUUAACUUCUUACUGCUAAAAUGCAGCGAGUGUCAAUUAAAAGUAGGACCUGAAAAGAAAAUAACUUACAUUAGCAAACAGCUCUGAUAUUGUACUUUCCUGUUUGUUUGUUUGUUUGUUUGUUUUUAUUAUGGGCGUUCUGCAUAUUUCGGUUGCACAGUUCUAAUUGGGCAGAACGAAAGUGCAGUCACUCACUUAGCUAGUAAAACGGCAGUCACACAUUUGCUCUGAAUGGGGAAAGUUAAAUAAUACGUUUUAUAUAGCAGCCUUAUGCGAGCUAAUCGCAAUGUUUCAAAUCGCUAUUUAAUUUCGAUUAAUCGCACAGCCCUACUAUCAAAUAUCAUUGAUUUACUAUUCAUUCGCCUGCGUUCCUGCUCUCUCGCAAGCUGCGUAACAUAGGUUCGCUCACUAAGUAGUACUUUUGCACUGAGCGCUCCCAUAAAAGCACUUGUUAUGGCAUCGCUGCGUGAAGAUGAUUGGUUUGUAGGUUACAGGAAACCCAAUCUUGUCCUGUCUUUCAUACGUUUUGAUUUUUGAAACCACAGGAGUGACAGCCCUCUUCUGAAAUGUGCCCCCUUUUUUAAAUUUGUGUAAAUGUUUAGUACCAAAUGUUCACUUCUGUGAUAGCUGUAGCCUAAAGCAAAAUAUGAGGCCUUAAACCACUACUGAUUAAUUGUGGGAUCUGGUGGUAACACUACAAAGUUUGUUCUUUUGUGAAGAGGACAUGAUCGUUUGUUUAUACCCUUUUCAGUUGUCACAGGGCAAAGUGUCGUCAUAUGUCUGCUCUUUUAUGCAUUUUUUUCUCUAUAUGCAUCAUCUGAUUGGAGAAAAAGACACUCCAGCAUGCUCUGAAAAUGAUUUUCAAUCAACAUGGACUGUUGGGAUUUAUAUAUGAGGAACAGCAGGUGAACUUCCUCAGUAGUUUUGGGUUUUUUAAUUGAAAAGUUUCUUCCACGGCUAAUUUUAAUGAGUCUAAAAUAUUGUAUUAUUUUAUAAAACAUUAUUAUGGCAUGAGCUAUUAUAUUAAUGGUUAUUUCUAACCAUUUCUUCCAUGAUCUAAAUCUCUUUUGUAUACCUUUUUUAUGGGCAAUCCUCAUUUGGUCUGCGUUACAAGCUAUUGCUUUGGAAGUAAAACAAAAAAGCCAAAACCUAGUAAAUCUCACAAAGCCAUUAAAUAGUAUCUACUGUGAGCCUUUUUCAUUAAGUUCCUCAAUCAGGGAAUAAAAUUAAAACCAUACCAUGUGGAAGUGCCGAAAUGGAAACUGCCAAAUCUAAAGGUCAAUUUGUGAAGGUCACACACAUGCGCAACCUUUCCAUGUAUGUUUUCAGUGUUAUUUUUCUCUUCUUCAAUUGUCUUCCAGCGAGUUUGAAUCAGAGGACCUGAUGGGUUAAUUUCAAAACUAACCAUGUUGUUUCGUCAUAUCUAUUGCAUAAGUUAGUUAGUUCAUCUGUCACCUGUGCUUACAUUGAACAGAAACUAGUGUGUUAGAUCACCGUUAUCUUUGUCUGUAGAAAAAAAGGGUGAGAGUGGGUGUCUGUUUUCUCAGCCUUUUCAAUGGAUUGUUUUACAUUUUGGAAGUUACCAGCCUUCGCCAAAUGGCUAGUGGCCGUUCUGGCUUCGAGUGCACGCUCUCUAGCAGAUCUGAACUGUAUUGGUGCUGUCUAACUUUUAAAGGGCCAGUGUAUCUGUUGCUUUUGAAAUGGAUCACUAAACACUGUAAUAGAUUCAAACAGU